ACAAAUAUGACCUUGAAAGGGGUGCAAGACGUAACGAGUUGCAUAAAUGACCAUUUAAAACAAUACCUGAUCUAAAAUUUAAUGACCUGUUACCGUGUACAGCAGAUAUGAAGUGAAAGAAUGAGCAAGUAGUGCCAUCAUGGAUAACAAAAAUUUGGAACCCCAGAACUGUGGUGAUUCUGUUGAAGUCUACAUUAAAGAAGAGUCUGAUUUGAAUCCGAAAGAAGAAAUUCAGUAUUUAGAAGAAUCUGAUUUUUCAUACAACAAUCAGGAAAUUUGUUUGGAAAGCAAUGCAAGUGAUGUUUUGUACAAAAAGGAUGAACUGGAAAUGGUAGAACAUCCUAAAAUUAGAAUAUUUGUUUGCAAUAUUUGUGGAAAAACUUUUUCUACAAACAGUAGCCUAGUAACUCAUAUGAACAUACAUAAUGUUGUGGAUUCCUUGAGAUGUAAGGUAUGUGAUGAGAAUUUCACCAGAAAGUGGGACAUGAUGAUACACAUGAGGAGACAUAAUUUAGAGAAGCCCUUCAAGUGUGACAUAUGUAACAGAAAAUUUUCAUAUAAAGGUCAUCUAGACAAUCAUAUUAAAGAGCAUACUGGAGAAGAGCUUCACAGUUGUGAAGUGUGUAAUAAGAGAUUUUAUCAUAAAGGAAACUUAGUAAUGCACAUGAAAAGGCAUGUGGAGAAAAUUUAUAAGUGUGACACAUGUAGCAAAAAAUUUUCAUACAAAGCUGCUCUAGUGAACCACAUUCGUGGGCAUACAAUAGAGAAACUUCAUGGCUGUGAUCUGUGUAAUCAAAAGUUUUCUUGCAAAAAUAUUUUAAUAACUCACAUGAAGAAACAUACUGGAGAAAAGCCAUUUAGCUGUGAUGUGUGUGGAGUAAAGUUUUCUCAGAAAGGUAAUCUGGGUGUGCACAUGAGAAAACAUACAGGUGAGAAGCCUUAUAGAUGUGAAGUGUGUUAUUUAAGUUUCUCAGAGAAAAGUACUUUAGUUAAGCACAUGAGAAGACACACUGGGGAAAAACCAUAUACCUGUGAAGACUGUGGGAGGAAAUUCUCUGUAAGGGGAACUUUAGUAAAUCAUAUGAGACUACAUACAGGUGGUAAGCCUUAUGGAUGUGAGGUUUGUAGCAAGCGGUUCACUCGCAAAAAAAAACUGGAUAAGCAUAUGCUAGUACAUAGCAAAGAACAGACCAGAAACAGCCUGAAACAAUCCAAACUCAAAAAGAAGUCUGUUAAUAGUUGAAUUUUUAGAACCUUACUCAAAGGAUGCACACAGUGUAAGAUAUAUAACCAUCACUUCAUUAUUAAUAUUUGGGCAUACUUUGAAAAUAUCAUUAACUCACACCUAUUUACAUUAUCAUCAAAAUAUUCAUUUGUUCAUAGUUUUACUAUAUUAACUUAAUUUAAAAUGCAGUUAAAUGUAUCAUGUUCAUCUUCAAUUGUAUUUCUGUGACAGUCCAUUGUAGCAUAAAGUAUUAAAAAGAAUUUGAGGUAAUCAGUUGUAAUGAGAAUCAGACAGUAGGCCUACCUUACCUCACCAAUUUACCUAAUUCCUUGAAGAAAAGUUUUGAUUAAUAAAAUCAUAGUAAUAGCAAAAUUCAAAAUAUAAUGGCAGGGUGAGCUUUGAGGACAAAGCCCCCAGGUAAGGAAGUCCUAUAUGACAUCAAAGGUCAUAUGGCACUAUGGUAAAUUAGAAUAGCAAAAAGGGUUAGGAACAAGUUAAUGAUUAGGGUAAAUUAAAGGUUGAACAGUAAAUUAAUUAAAUUUAGUUUGAUUCCAUUUGUUACAAUAAAUAUUUUUGGUGUGACAUACUGUCUGUUUCAAUUUGCCCAUGUGUGCAAGGAAUGGCCAGGGUUACCAUCCACUGGUGGCGAGAGAUUUGAACGUAGGUCAGCAAGAUUGUGUGGUACCACUGCACCACACAGUACACAGUACUAGAAGGUGGUAUGGCAGUGAAAAGGGUAGAGAGGGGGGAGCUGAAAGGGUUUAGUACAAGGUUAAUGCUGUUAUAAGGGGAAGGAGUUAAGGGAGUAGGGGGUAUUAUGAUAAAAGUAUUGUGGUGAAAACAGCCAAAAUGAGGUUAACAAUUAGGAUGAGUGGACAGAACAAGGGGAUGAAGAAAAGGAAAAGGAGAGGUGGAAAAGAAAGACCAAGCAAAAUUAGUUAAGGCAAGGGCUCAGGACCAAGGUAGGGGUGAUCCCCUUGGGCCUCAGUCCCCGUUAACUAAGUAUCCCACGACAAUCACAAGCAAGGGAUUGUGAAACUAUAUGUGUGUAAACUAAAUUAGUCAAGCAAAAUCACAGUGGACAGUCAAUGUACCAAGUCGAUGGUUUAAUCUUUAGUGACCGAAGCAGCAACUUAUAAAAUAAUUUAUUUUAUAUUAUAAUUACAGUUUUAGGAACAAGAAAAGUAAGGGGUCAAGGCCAACAGUAAGGGGGAUGGGUGUAUCUGGUUCAUGCUUCAUAUUUAAUAUGUUAUUUUACUUAUUAAAGAAUGUACACAGUUGUUAUUACAGAAGUUCAGUAAUGAGGGAGGAGUUACUAAAUAUUCAAGUGCAUAGAAAUAUAAUUUAUUAAUGA